AUGCCUUUGGCAGACUUUGUGGGGCAACGCCACGUGCCCUACGAAAAUAUCCGGAACAAGCCGAAAUGCCAAAACGAACUGCUGGCAAUAGAAGAGGUGUCGGAUUCAGAGGAGGAAGAUAGGGAGGUGGACGAGGGGGAGGAGGAGGAGGAGGAAGAAGGAGCUGUGAAUGUUGAAGAAAAGCAGCAAGUUGGCGACAAAGGUGGCAAGAAUUUGGAUAAAGCAACCGAACUGACCUCUUAA